GAGCAGUUGUAGACCCAGAAAUGAAUAUGCACAGGUAAGAAGGGAGGCCCAACAACAAUAUGAAAACGACAUAGCAGCGAAAGCCAAAUCUGACCCGAAGCUGUUAUACAGCCACAUCAGGAGGAAAACAACAGUCAAGGACCAGGUAGUAGGCUAAGGAAGGAAGGAGGAGAGACAACAAGAAAUGACCGUGAAGUAUGUGAAGAACUCAACAAGAGAAUCGAAGAAGUGUUCACAGAGGAGACAGAAGGGAUUCCAGAAAGACAGAGAGGUGGGGUACACCACCAUGUGCUGGACACAGUACACACAACCGAGGAAGAAGUGAAGAGGCUUCUGAGUGAGCUAGAUACCUCAAAGGCAAUGGGGCCGGUUAACAUCUCUCCAUGGGUCCUGAGAGAGGGAGCAGAGGCGCUAUGUGUACCCCUAACAACAAUAUUCAAUACAUCUGUCGAAACAGGGAGAUUGCCCGAGGCAUGGAAGACAGCAAAUGUAGUCCCAAUCUUUAAAAAAGGAGACAGACAUGAAGCACUCAACUACAGACCAGUGUCACUGACAUGUAUGCAAAGUCAUGGAGAAGAUUAUCAGAAGAGUGGUGGAACACCUAGAAAGGAAUGAUCUCAUCAACAGCAGCCAACAUUGUUUCAGGGACGGGAAAUCCUGUGUCACAAACCUACUGGAGUUCUACGAUAUGGUGACAGCAGUAAGACGAGAGAGAGGGGUGGGUGGAUUGCAUUUUCUUGGACUGCAAAAAGGCGUUUGACAUGGUUCCACACAAGAGAUAAGUGCAAAAACUGGAGGACCAAGCAGGGAUAACAGGGAAGGCACUACAAUGGAUCAGGGAAUACUUGUCAGGAAGACAGCUGCGAGUCACGGUAUGUGGCGAGGUAUCAGAGUGGGCACCUGUGACCAGCGAGGUCCCACAGGGGUCAGUCCUAGGACCAAUGCUGUUUCUGGUAUUUGUGAAUGACAUGAUGGAAGGAAUAGACUCCGAAGUGUCUCUGUUUGCAGAUGACGUGAAGUUGAGAAUAAUUCAUUCGAUUGAAGACCAGGCAGAACUACAAAGGGAUCUGGACAGGCUGCAGACCUGGUCCAGCAAUUGGCUCCUGAAGUUCAACCCCACAAAGUGCAAAGUCAUGAAGAUUGGGAAGGGCAAACAAGACUGCAGACGGAAUACAGUCUAGGGGCCAGAGACUACAAACCUCACUCAAGGAAAAAGAUCUUGGGGAGAGUAUAACACCAGGCACAUCUGAAGCACACAUCAACGAAAUAACUGCUGCAGCAUAUGGGUGCCUAGCAAACCUCGGAACAGCAUUCCGACAUCUUAAUAAGGAAUCAUUCAGGACCCUGUACACCGUGUAUGUUAGGCCCAUAUUGGAGUAUGUGGCACCAGUCUGGAACCCACACCUAGCCAAGCACGUAAAGAAACUAGAGAAAGUGCAAAGGUUUGCAACAAGACUAGUCCCAGAGCUAAGAGGUAUGCCCUACGAGGAGAGGGUAAGGGAAAUCAACCUGAUGACACUGGAGGACAGGAGAGAUGGGGGGACAUGAUAACGACAUACAAAAUACUGAGAGGAAUUGACAAGGUGGACAAAGACAGGAUGUUCCAGAGAUUGGACACAGCAACAAUGGGACACAGUUGGAAGUUGAAGACACAGAUGAAUCACAGGGGUGUUAGGAAGUAUUUCUUCAGCCGCAGAGUAGUCAGGAAGUGGAAUAGUUUGGGAAGCGAUGUAGUGGAGGCAGGAUCCAUACAUAGCUUUAAGCAGAGGUAUGAUAAAGCUCACGGUUCAGUGAGAGUGACCUAGUAGCGACCAGUGAAGAGGCGGGGCCAGGAGCUUGGACUCGACCCCUGCAACCUCAACUAGGUGAGAACUAGGUGAGUACAUCCAACAUAAGACCAGUCUCACAGUCACACUUUACAAAGAGUUUUAUACCAAAGCGAUUACGUUUACUUGGUAUAUAUUGUUUGAAUUACAGUCGUCCCUUGAACAGAAUCAAGGACUCAUCAACAAUAAUAUUCUUGAAUGGAUAAAAGUAGGCACUGAAUUUUUGCUUGAGAUACAUAAACAAUUCCCUGACUUUGUAUAGGAGGUCAUUUCGGUUUGGAGUAUUCCUCUCUGAGAAGUGCAACAUUUUUAGCAACAGAGUGAAUCUGUUGCAAGGGAGGAGGUCACGGAAGACUGGAGUACUGAUGAAGUGGUCUGUGGACCAGUAGUGUGCUAUAUUGUUCUUAUAGGUGUGUGGCAUAAGCAUAAUUGUGCCAAGGAAUAAAUACAUUUCAGCCACAGUUGUAUCUUUCCACCUGCGCAGCCCUGACGAUUCUGAAACACCUAUGUGGUCCAUUGUAUACCGGAAGUACAUGUUGGUUUGGGUAACAAUCAGGUUCAUUAUCGGUUCAUCAAAGUAUAGUUGAAAAUAGUCUAACUCUGUAGACUCAUUUGUGAUGGGACAGUGUGGCAUGAUGCCACUUCCACUGGCAUCAAAAUUGAAAAGAUGUGGCAUGAAUGGUGUACUUUCUGUCCAUUUCCAUUUGCGAUCAGGUAGUGCAGGGUGGACCUGUGGCAUGGAGCGUGGGGGAGCAGGAGGGGGGGAUGGGAGUGGAGGCAGCACAUGGUUGAGAGGGUGCCGGGCGGUCCUUUGUCUGCCCACCCACUGUACUACGAGGUCCAGGCACCAUGCCACCAACCUCAUCUUCCUCCAUUCCAGCAUACUCGCCUUCAUGAUUGCUAUCACUCUCACUAGCUGUGGUUUUGGAUCGUGACCUGCCUCGACCCUUGCCACCGACUACACAUGGCACACUGCUUGAAUAUAGGUUACGAUGCCUAAAAGUACGUUUCACUGGGGAAUAAUGAUAAUCACUCUCAUUUGACAAAUCCCUUAUGGGCAUAAAAUCGAUUUCAUCAUCAUCACUUAUAUCACUUUCACUGUCGUCAUCACCAUAACGCAAGGAAAAAGAUAAUUUCCUCUUGUGGAGUUGCCUUUAGGUAGUAACACUAGCAACCCCAGAGGUACUUGGCUGAGGGUCUGGUAUGGCCACACUGUCCACACUGGCCACCCCAGAGGUGAUGGGCUGAGGGUCAUCUGGGUUAUCAACAGUUUCACUAAUUCCUUGAACAUUAGUGGCUAUAUCGGUGUCAAAUUCACUAACCUCACGGUCUGUUACACUUUCCGAGAAUAGCAGAGUGUUAAUACGCUGACGCGUGAGUGAAUCACGGGGGUUUGCCAUGAUAUUAACCCAAGAUGGAGCUGAAACUAACUGGUGCUACCAUGUGGUACCCAGGCAUCGGCGAAAUUUUUCACUCUGCACACACUUAGGGUGCAGACCCAUUCUCUCGUGUCUAGGAGACUCGGGCGUAUCGCGCCAAAUUUGAAGGAAUGAAAAAUAAAACAUUGACCUACGUUCGGAGCACUAUGUGUGCAAAUGUAGAUCUAUGUUUGGACAGUUUAAGGGUUAAGUUAAUCAGUCUGUUUUGUGACAGCUUUUUUUGUUCCUAGAAUUUCAGAUAAGGUUUUCCAGGUCUUUUUCAUAUCAUGAAAUCUGUUUUCAUAAUACAAUUUUUUUGACCUUAUUAGAUUGGUUAGUAUUGACGAGCAACGUUUUGUGAGAUCCUUUGUUAUUAGACCCAUUCUGUACUGUUUUUUAUAGAUUUGAGGAUGCUGUUUGUAAGCCAGGAGCUGUUUAGUCUCUUUGCUGUGAUCUGCUUAGUUUUUAUUGGGCAAUGCAUGUUAUAGAAGUUUUGUUUUUUUUGUAAAAAAAUAUUAACACAUUCAUCAAUAUCGAAGUCGUCUGCUAGCUUGUUUUGCCAGUCAAUGUCACUAAAUGCUGAAAUAAAGGUAUUAACAGAUGACUCAUCAUGUAAUCGGAAUGUGAUCUUAGUUGUGUCCUGGGGCACUUUCACAAGUUGGUUAUGAGAAAGAUGGGAUAGUGGUCAGUGGUGUUAUCUGUGAUUAUGCCUGCUUUUAACGGAGAUAUAAUGUUUGUCUAGAUGUGGUCUAGUAAUGAGGCAUUUGUAUCAGUGAUUCUUGUAGGUUUUGUUAUUGUUGGUAGAAGUAAGCAGCUGUUCAUAGUGUUUGUGAAUUCAGUCACUUGUGGGUAAUGGUCAUGGAUAAGAUUUAUGUUGAAGUCCCCUGUAAGUAUUAGGUGGUGUUUGUUCAUUUCAGCUCUAGUUAUUAUGUGUCUUAGUUUUUCACUAAAACAUAGUUUUGAGAUGGUCACCCUCAGCCUGAAGAAGAGUUUUGCUCCAUAGUCUGGAACAAUGUGAAGCUGAAGCAACAGAAUGGAGACUUGUAUACUGUCAAAGAUAACAGUUGGAAGAGUAUCAUCAUACCAGAAAUGUUGCCACAAAAUUGCUGAGAUAUGCUACACUACUCAGUAUUGCAGUUUUCUUCUGUAGUGUACAAUCCUGCACUAUGCCUGUGGAGUAAGGCAAUACAAAAAUGAAAGAUUUAACCAUAAGAGACACUUCGAGUGUUUUGCCUGAUAGUAAGGGAAUUUGUUUUCAGACCUUCGAUGUGAAAUGCAUAGAACAAUUCAGUAUCCCAUAUUCUGGUAGUGGGAAAACCAGAAAAUGUAUUGGAACUAAGAAGCCUGAGAAGUCUUUUUUUUGUAAAAUAUGCCCAUUUGAAACCACGCAAAAAUACACAAUUUUAUCUCAUUCAAAUAUUCAUACAGGCAGAAAGCCAUACAAGUGUCAUUUUUGUGGUGUAUGUUUUGCAAAUAUUGGCACACUGCAUCGACACCGACAGAGACAUGCUAAGCAAACAUCUUUGACAUGUGGAGUUUGUGAAAAAGGAUUUUAUGCUCUUGGGGACUUAAAACGCCAUAUAAAAAGCCACCAGGGAGUUAAAGAAUUUAUUUGUGAACUUUGUAACAAAUACUUCACUCGAAAAACCUCACUUAAAAAACACAUUUUCAGUCUUCAUGGAGAAAAAUAUAUUGAUGAGGAUUAUAUGAUUGAGAAAAACAUUUACCUUAAGAAAAAAGUUGCAUGUCAAAUAUGUAAAUGUUUGUUUCACCCAGACUCUUUAAGAACACACAUGCGGUGUCACACAGGAGAGAAACCUCAUCACUGUCCACAUUGUUCUAGCAAAUUUAGAGACCUCAGUUCUCUCAGGACACAUUUAAGAUUGCAUACUAACAGUGGCAAAUUUUUCUGCAGAUAUUGUAAUACAAUAUUUGAUGCAAGAAAUGAACUAAACACACAUUAUGCAAAGGUACAUAGAAAAAAGCUAAGUAAUAAAGACCAUGAACAGUCAUCAGAUAAAGGUAGUGAUGUUUAUCAAAAGAUCAUCUCUAUUGAUAAAAAUUACUGUGAUGUCUCUCUGAAGAAAAGUGCCAGUAAGAAACCUAGUGAUACCUCUCACAAAAGCAAUGAUAAUUGCAAACCAAGUGGUAAGCUUGAGAGAAAACAGGAAUACAUUGACAAAUGUGUUGCAAAAAGAAAUCUAAGGACAAGGUAUAAAAAAGUGUCUUACAAUGAAGAUUAUGAUGAUGUAUUUUCAAUAAAUCCUUUCAUAAACCUUGAUUCUGAAUUGCUUAAUGAAAGUUUAAAUUUUAUUGGGAUGGAUGUAAAAAAAAUAGAAUUAGAUUCUGGUAAAUCAGGUUCAAAGAAUACUAUAAUUUCAUCUGAAAAAUUAAAGACUCAAAAAUACUCUACAAAACAAGAAACACAUAUACAAAGCAAAAUUUUACCUAGUUCCUGUUCAUUAUUUCUUGGGUUUCCUAACAAGGAAGAAGUCAAAGUAAAGGAGGAAAUAUUAAAAGACGAGUUGGAUUGGUGCACAACUAUAGCAGGGAUGAAAUGUGAACCUGAGGAUGGUGGAUGUGAAUUCUUUGUGGCAGAUACGGAAAUCAUGAAAAUUGAAAAGCACGAGGAAGAUAUUGAAGCUCCUUGUAUGAAUUCUGUUAAUGAAGUAUCAACAGAAGAGCAUGUCUCCAGAGAUGAUGAACAUCAAAUUGAGGAAUAUGCUCUUGAUCAUGCUGAUAUUGCUCAGCUUCUUAAUAAUGAGGAUAUUUUUACAGAGAUCUGUGUGUCUGACAAAGAUAUUGUGUCUGCAUUUUUUUAACGUGACCUGAAUAUUAGAAUAAUUUAUAUGUGCUCCAGAUAAACUUCAGACAUGUUAAGACAUAAGCAGGUUAUUAUAUUUUUUAGUAAAUUUUAAUAGCAUUUCAUUAUUUUCCAAGAAUUACUUAUUUUAUAAUGAAGACUGUAUACCAUACUAAUCAAAAUUAUACAUUACAAACUGAUAAAAUAUCUAAGGUUGAGAUUCAUUUUGUUGCCUGGCAGGUUUCUUGAAAGGUCUGCAUAGUCUACUUUCCAAGUAUUAUUGUUAGGUCAUUAAUUAUGUUGUAGGUUGUAUAUAUCAUCUGUUGUUAGGCAUGUUUUUCCUUGGGAGGCUUGAUGCUUCUGAAGGGUUCUUCAUCUUAGGAGUUGAAGACACAAUCUUCUACAUAUCAAACCUGAUUGCUUCCUAUUCCUCAAGCCCUCUCUGACUCAUGACUUUUCUUUAAAUAUAAUUUAGUGCUUGCUCAGGAGCAGCAUUCAUUAAUCUCAGAAUUUUUUUUUUUUUUUUUUUUUUUUUUUUUCAGAGAAAACUAUACAUUUUACAGUGAGCAAGGGUGAACUGGUAAAAAAAAGGAUACUAUUGUAUUUCAAUAUUAGUUAGAUUUUAUGUCUUGUAUGCAGACAUAAAUCUUUGUAGACAGAACUUGUACAGAACUUGGAAGGGUUAAGUAAGAUUAAGCUAAGUUUACCUAAGGGUAGGUAAGAUUAAGUUGUAUUUUUUUUUUUUUGUAAAAUAAGUUUACAUUAACCCUUUGACUGUCGACGUCGUAUAUAUACGUCUUACGAGGUACCGUGUUAGACGUAUGUAUUCUCAUAAAUUCUAGCGGCUUCAAAUCAAGCAGGAGAAAGUUGGUAGGCCCACAUGUGAGAGAAUGGGUCUGUGUGGUCAGUGUGCACCAUAUAAAAAAAAUCCUGGAGCAUGCAGUGCAUAAUGAGAAAAAAAAAACACCGACCUUUUUUUUUUUUAAUUAAAAUGCCGACUUUGUGGUCUAUUUUCGUAUAGUAUUUAUGGUUGUAUUCUCGUUUUCUUGGUCUCAUUUGAUAGAAUGGAAAACAUAUUAUAGAAAUAGAGGUGAUUUUGAUUGAUUUUACUAUAAAAAGAACCUGGAAAUGGAGCUCAAAGUAGGGGAAAUGUUUGAUUUUUGCCGAUGUUCAAAAGUAAACAAAUGAUGUAAUUAUCCAAUAAAUGUUGAACUAGCCAUUCUAAUAUGCAGUCGUGAAUGGGUUGAUGUUAUUUAUACAAUUAUUACAGUAUUGCAGUAGUCUGCAUAACAGUAAAUUUUCUAUUUUUUGUUUGAAUAAAAAUUCAAAAUAGAAAGCAAGAGUAAUAUCAGAGGGGCUUGGAGACGUGACUGAUGAACAAAGAAAAUGUUAUUUUAGAGCCAGGAAUGUCUGCAUUGUUCAUUCUGGACCGUAUUUUGAAAUUGUCAUAUUUUUUAAUUUUUGUGAAAUUGGCCAAAUUGCAAAUUUCUGACCACGUUAUUGGGUAGUUGAAAUCGGUAAAUGGGCAGUUUCUUGUACUCAAUCGAUAGAAAAAAUGGAGUUCUAAAGAAAUAGCUAUGAGUUUGGGCGACUGGCACAGUGGAAUUAGCCAAAAAUAGGGGUCAAAGUGGGCGAAAUCGCCGAUUUGUAAAUAUUGCCGAGGUCGCAAACUUUGCGAGAGCGUAAUUCCGUCAGUUUUCCAUCAAAUUUUGUGUUUUUGGUGUCAUUACAAUCGGGAAAAGAUUCUCUAUCAUUUCAUAAGAAAAAAAUAAUUUUUUUUUUUUUAAAUUUUGCGACACCAGGAGACACUUCAGGAUUAGGGGUUGCGACAGUCAAGGGGUUAAGUUAGUUUAGGUGUCAUCUUGUGUCUUAUCCAUUCAUAAGUUUGAAAAUUAUGUAAAGUAAAUUAAAUUUUGGAGGGACUUGAUCAACAACUCUACCUGAAAAGCAGAUAAAUCAUAUACAGUACUGUACGAAAAACUUACAUGUGUUUGUCUCUGUGCAAUCCAUGAAAGGUAUCUUCCUAUCCGUCUCAACCUGGCCCCCUCUUCCUCAGUGCACAUGUAAGGGAUGGGACAGUGUGAGAUAAGUUUCUAAUGCAAUUUGGAAACAGAUCUUCAAAUGUACAGCUAAACAUAAUGAUAAAUGGCUCGCCCAUCUCUAAACUCACAGAGGGCAAAUUUCUAGGUCUCCACCUUGACAGUGGUCUCAAAUUCCAGACACACACACAACAAAUUUCCAAGAAAGUCUCGAAAACAGUAGGCAUCCUUUCAAAGAUAUGGUACUAUGUACCACAGUCAGCUCUCCUUUCUCUGUAUCACUCACUUAUUUAUCCUUACCUCACCUAUGGAAUUUAUGCAUGGGGCUCUACCACAGCAAAUCACCUCAAACCUUUAACCCUUAAACUGUCCAAACAUAGAUCUACAUUGAUGUGCGGCAGGCUCCGAACGUUGAUCUGUGUUUUUUACAUGCUUUCAAAUGGAGAAAAUCAAGGUCGGAGCGCUACGCACGUGAAUGUAGCUCUAUGUUUGGACAGUUUAAAGGUUAAUAACCCAACAAAAAACUGUAGUCCAGUUGAUUUCUAACUAUAGCACUAGACAGCAUACUCCACCACUAUUCAUGAGUCUCAACUUGCUUAACAUAUAAGACAUCCACACUUAUUAUUGCGCCUGCUACCUACAUAGAACACUGCACUCAAAUAUAAACCCUUCUCUCGAAAUCCUCCUUGAAAACCAUAACAGAACACAACCAUAAUUUAAGACACAAGUCACUCUUCGAUAUCCCUCAAGUCCAUCUCUCCCUAUACAAAAAUGCAGUGCACAUAAAGGGAAUUCAUUGCCAGAGAACACUAAAGGAACCCUGCCUGCAGAAAGCAGCAACUUCACUCUGGCUGUACCCUUCUCCAGAACUUCACUCCAUCUGAGAUCCUAUAUACCCAGGAUGACUCGAGUAUGGAACACAUUUGUACAGCAUAAUGAUGUCAAUGAGAUAAAGUCAGUUGAUCAAAUGAAAAUGCUGACCCACAGAUGGCUCCAACUUCAUCCUUUUCCCUACUUGUAUGUCUCAUAACAAUAAAAAUGCUUUCAAAUGAGCUGAUGUAGGUAACAGCUCUUAGCUUGGCAAUAAAGCUAGGGAUCCUUAACCUUGUCAAACCCUGUGUAAAAAAAAAAAAAAAAAAAAAAUCAAGGCUCAAAUUAGAAAU